CAGCCAUGCUUGUUCCAGUUGUUCUUGUCUUGUUUUUGUUAUUAAUAACCUAUACAAAGUGUGGUAGAGGUGUUACCGUAAUUAAUACAGUUUAAAUAGUAUAAAAAGUAUAUACAUAUCAAUUAUACGGUUAAAUAACAAUUUGAAGUUUACAAGUCUAGAACGGAAACAUGGAUUCUCAAUACAUUCUCAGAGAACAUAACAUCUCAAAGGAAUUACCAAGAUGUCCAGAUCCCAAGGACUUUUACAGAAAGCCAACAGAUUUGCAAAUAAAUGUUGUUCGGUACAAUGCAGAAGAAAUAGAGUUUGACUUAAUUGGUGUUCAUACGUCUUUGGCCAACGCAUUCAGGAGGAUCCUGUUAUCUGAAGUUCCCAGCAUGGCUAUUGAGAAGGUGCUGGUCUACAACAACACAAGUCUGCUACAAGAUGAAGUCUUGGCUCACAGGUUGGGGCUGAUCCCUCUCAGAGCUGACUCCCGCCUCUUUGAGUAUAAGCCUGAAGCCGAUGCCGAACCUACUGAUCAGGAUACUCUGAAAUUCGAACUGAAAAUAAAAUGCUCAAGAAAUGCAGCUGCUGGAAAAGAAUCCAAUAGGGCUGAUGAUCUUUAUCUUAAUCACAAUGUGUACAGUAAACAUAUAAAGUGGUUGCCCAUCGGCAGCCAGAGUGACCUAUACAAGAGUACAGAUGUGGGGCCGAUACACGACGACAUCCUCAUCGCCAAGAUGAGACCUGGCCAGGAACUCAACGUACAGCUGUUAGCAGUGAAGGGCAUUGCCAAGGAUCAUGCCAAGUUCUCUCCUGUCGCCACUGCCUCCUAUAGACUGUUGCCCACCAUCCAUCUAACCAGGGAGGUGGAGGGUGACCUGGCAGUCAGACUGCAGUCCUGCUUUUCUCCUGGUGUUAUUAAGCUUGUAGAAAACGAUCAAGGCAAGAAAGUGGCUGAGGUGGACAACGCGAGGUAUGACACAUGCAGCAGGAACGUGUUUAGGUUCGCUGACCUGAAGGACACAGUUGUUUUAGGGAGAGCUAAAGACCACUUUAUAUUUACAAUAGAAUCAGUUGGAGCCUUGAAACCUGAUGAGCUGUUCCUAGAGUCUGUAAAAGUGUUGAAAAACAAAUGCAGAGCUUUUCUACAGCAAAUAAACAAUGUAAAUAAUCAAUAAAGUUAUGUUUCCGA